UGAAUGCUAAAAGCUAUUACACAUGUAACAUCGAGAGAAACGUACGUUGGCCAGGUUGGGUGAAAAACACAGCUCUGUGGCCCAUGGGGCAGAAUGUUUCCUUCCCAUCAUGGUCAGAAGGUUGUGACAGUAGCCACAGCUAAUCAAUUUGUUGUUUAAGUGCUGAAAUCAACACAGGCAGGCUACCAGGAUGGAGAAGAUUCAUAGUGCUGCCUUGAGAAACUAUAGGGUGGAAUUGGUCAAGGAUUUAAAGCCAGAUGCAUUGUUGGAUUUUCUGGAGGCACAGCAAGUGUUUACAAAAGAGAUGGUAGCUGAGAUUAUGGCCGAACGUACUGAGUUUAAGAAAAAUAGACGCUUGUUGGAUGAUUUGCAACGGCGUGGCCCAAAAGCCUUUGACUGCUUGUUGAGUGGUUUAGUUAUUACAGAACAGAAGUGCCUGGCAGAGAUGCUGAGAUUGGAGGUAGACCGUCUGCGGCAACUCCCCCAAGGGGCAUCAUGGGCAGCCCUCAGCACCGCCCAGCAGGCACAUACCCCUCACAUAAGCCAGAUGACCACAGUGAGCGCAGGUGGUCAGUGUAUUGCUCAGGCCACUGUCACCCCGCGUGUGUCAGAAAGAGGGGAAAUUGUGAUGGCGGCCUCAGGAGAUACUGGCCGUAUCCAGGCUGAGAGCUCCAUGGCCACUUCCAUGGAGACAGAUAUGGACAUGGGGUCAUCCUCAAGCAAUAAAGGUGCAGAUGAUUCCAGUGGAGAACGUGUUCAUUUAUACCAGCAGGAAAACAUGUCUGGCUAUGCCAUUUGCGAGGAUAAAUAUCGCAUGGAAUCCAAUCCUAGAGGCUAUAUGUUAAUUAUAAACAACAUCACAUUUAGCAAUCCAGAGUGGAACAGAGCUGGGGCAGAGGCCGAUGGGGAGAAUCUGAUCAGUGUCUUCCGUCAGCUGGGCUAUCUGAUUGAAUAUCAGAAAGAUCUUACUGCUCAGGAGAUGAAAGACAUGGUUAAGACUUAUUCUGAGCUGGAUGUACAUAACCACGUGGAUUCCUGUAUCAUGGCUAUUCUGUCUCACGGGGACUUAAAUGGGAUGGUUUAUGGGGUGGAUGGCAUCAGGGUCAACUUCAAGGAAAUGUACGGUUGUUUUAACAUUGACAAAUGCCCACAGCUGCAAGGCAAGCCCAAGCUCUUCAUCCUACAAGCAUGUAGAGGGCAGCGUUGGAACAGUAGUCAUGUUGGCACACCUGAAAGUGAGUUUGAUGUUGUACCAUUUGACCUGCAGUGUGAGACUGGCCAAUCAGAUGCUGGCACCCAUAUAUUACUUAGUCCAGAAAUCAGUAGGAGUAUACCUACUAACUCAGAUGUCAUUUUGGCCUACUCAACCACAGAAGGUGAAGUAUCGUAUAGGAAUACUGUUCAAGGCAGCUGGUAUAUUGAGGCCCUGACCAAGGUUUUCAAGGAAUACCAUCGCUCAAAGCAUGUCGUUGAUUUGCUCAUCAAAGUUAACGAUAUGGUUGCAUCACGUCACCAGAGUGACUCCCAGGGACAUCAGAUGCCAGCACCUGUCAUAAUGACUCGCAAAUCGUGGUAUUUCAACGCACCAGCCGAGAAGGAUGUUUAACACAUAUUCUGAACUAGGAAUUUUCCUUUAUUCCUUGUAUAUAUUUACCAGACAUGCCAGAACUUCACUAGCGUGCAAAAAUGAACAGUAUAUAAUAAAUGGAUGACUGGGUGAAGUUGCAAGUUUUUCAUCUGAAGUGUUAUGUUAUCUGCAGAUUUGUUAGUAGGAAGAUUAUAGUAUCAGAAUAACCAGUGCUGGUGCAUGUAUGGACAGAUCUACUGCUCCUAUGCCAAGGUUGUUGAGGCCAUGAAUUUACCCGUACACUCAUGGGCCUUGAUGCUUCAUCUCUUGUACCUACUCAAGCCCCGUUUGUGCAUAUAUGUUCAUGUUGUGCAUAUAUAUGUUUAUGUUGUGCAUAUAUAUGUUU